AUGGCCACCUCCGCCAUACCGACCGGCGGUAUGAUCGACCCAACGAAACAGGCCGAGUACCCAGUGCUUCUGGGCGACAGAUUAAGCCAACAAGACACCUUCUCGCAAUCACGGUUAAUCAAUUUCAAUUACAACUAUAAGACCAAAUCCGCGACUCCGCAGCAGCGAUCGACAAUCACCCGUUCGUCACAAUCCCAGGAUCUUUAUAAUCUCACCAUCACGGACAAGCCACAGAGUACGGAGAACAAUACAUUAACAUAUUUGUAUGAAGGUAGUGUGGACCCGACACAGGAGUCUGAAGUGCAGGAUUAUGUUUUGGUCUUUGACUCGGAUCGCAAGGCGUUUGUCUUGGAGCCAGUCGCGACAAGGUUGAACUUCAAUCUUCGCUCGGCCCCAGCAAAGACAGAAAAGCAGGUGUUGGAACAGUAUGAGCAGCUCAGGACUUUGCAGGAGGAUCAACAAGGGUCGGCAGAUGAACAGCCGCCUGAAAGUGUCGACGGGGAUGAUGAUGGCCCUGCGGAUGAGAGCAAUCCCUACGAUUUCCGGCACUUCCUUCCCAAGGCUGGUGAUGAGGAUGAUGAAAAAGAAAAGUCCUCAUUGGAUCGAAUUACCCCGGAACCUCAGGCCAGCACAAGCAAGCCCGAUACUCUGUCAAUACCUGUACCUGCCAAACGUGCCCCAAGUCCGAAGCCGCGACCAAAAACCCAGACCAACCCUCUCCGUCAAAAGAAGGCCGAGCCUGCGAAGACGAAAAUAGAACCUGCAAAGAAGAAGGCAGAGCCUAUGAAGAAGAAAGAGCCACCACCGCGCGAGCCAAGCCCUAAGCCCGAGGCCCAAAUCGAAGUGGAGGAGUUCGAAGAGCCUGAAUCCAAAUCGACACCUUCCGAUACCGGAACUGCCGCUCUGGAUUCGCAUAAGGCUAUUCCGUCGCCAGGUUCUAAUAUCAUCAUUGACGGAGAUCUGAUUAUCGACAUGGGAUCGCCGCCUCCGUCUCGCCCUGUCUUCAAUAUCAACCCAGCUCACUUCUCUUCGAAUGGUACACCGGCGAAUGGUGCAGAAGACGACGACGAUGAAGAGAUGGAAGAUCUCAGACUCCCAUCUCCUGCUGGACAUACAGCUCCCGCGCAGGAGGCCGCACCUGAGCUGGCUCAGGAAGAAGAUAUUGAAGACGAUGAUGCUCUGGCAGCAGAAAUGGAAGCCGCUUUCGAACAGAGUGCAAUGGAAGAACAAAACGCACAUAGUUACAGUCAACCAGCAUCGCAACAAUACCACGCUCACAGCGACGACGAAAGUGAAGUCAGUGAGGAGGAGUGA